CGUGAGCCGGAAGUUGUCUUGUGUAUUUCCUGUUUCAGUGAAAGCAGCGAGCAGAAGUCAAACCUUCAAUAAGAGCAGAAGAAGCGACAUUAUUCCUCUUUCUUCUUCUCUGCCUGAGUGUGAAACAUGUCGGGACUUCAGAGUCUGAAGCUUUUCAUCAACCAGCGGCUAACUGCGGCUGUCGAGGACAUAUUUGGACAUUUUGAGAGAACAAUAACCGAGUAUGAAGAGGAGAUGGACCGCCGCCACCGGAAACUGCUCGCUGUGGGUUUAACUCCUGAAAUACAACUGCAGACAGAAGCAGAUGUGCAGCAGCAGCUGCUGGUUAGAGAAGAGGUUCCCCCUGAGCAGCAGGAGUGGAGCUCCAGUCUGGACCAGGAGUACCCAGAGCCCCCCCCACACAUUAAAGAGGAACAGGAGGAACUCUGGAGCAGUCAGGAGGGAGAGCAGCUCCAAGGGCUGGAGGAGGCUGAUAUCACCAAGUUCACAUUCACUCCUGUCCCUGUGAAGAGUGAGGAUGAUGAAGAGAAACCUCAGUCCUCACAGCUUCAUCAAAGACAAACUGAACACAUGGAAACAGGAGCUGAUCGAGACGACUGUGGAGGACCAGAACCAGCCAGGAAAUCAGAUCCUGAGAGACAUUUACAGCCAGAUACUGAGGACAAGACUGGAGGACUAGAUGAUUGGAAGGAGACCAGAGAACCUCAGUCAGGUUUAAAAUCUCUGAAAAAUGUCCCUUCCAGUGAUUCCAGUAGUAGUGCUGGUGAGAAACCAUUUCGCUGCUCUGAGUGUGGGAAAAGAUUUGGAAGCGAAACACAUCUGAAGACGCACAUGAGAACUCACACAGGAGAGAAACCUUUCAGCUGCUCAUUCUGUAGGAAAUCUUUUACACAGAGUGGAAGUUUACAGAAACACAGGAGAAUCCACACAGGAGAGAAACCAUUUGAUUGCUCAGUGUGUGGUAAAGCUUUCAUUGAAAGUGGAAAUCUGACAAGACACAUGAGAGUUCACACAGGAGAGAAACCGUUCAGCUGCUCAGUCUGUGGAAAAUAUUUUGCACAGAGUAAAGGUGUACAGUUACACAUGAAAAUCCACACAUGAGAGAACCUUUUGAUUGCUUAGUGUACGGUGAAAUAUUUAUACAAAAGGUACAGCAGACACACCAUAUGACAGUCCACACGGGUGAAAUUAUUCAGCUGUAGUGUUUGUAACAAAAUAUUUGCUUGUCAACAGGUCAAAAAACAUAAAUGUGUUGGUCUUUUGUCCUCGCAGCUAAACAGCUGAUGGAGAGGACUGUGAAUGACCAGCACCAGCCUGGAACUGAGUCCCCUCGGCAGUCUAAGCCUAUAGUAGCAUAACUAGGGGCUGGUCCAAGGCAAGCAAAGAGCCAGCCCUAACUAUAAGCUUUAUCAGAGAGGAAAGUCUUUAGUCUCUAAGCAUUUCAACCCUCCCUUGACUACAAUAAAUUGUUGUCAGUCAUGAGAUUUGUUCUAUUUAAUGAAAUUUAAUGUCACAAUAAUCUUCUGUGGAUAAUCUUUCAUGUAAUGUAAUGUAACACCAAAUGUCUUUCUUCACCUUUUUGGCGUAACGUAGCUCUAAUAGGGUUUUGUUAACCAUCACGUACGACGGCGCAUUCAUUUAUGAGAGUGCAAAAAUGGGUUCUGAAAAAUAGGUGUAAUUCGAACACUGCCUAUAUACUUAUGUUGAAGCAUUGUUGUGCUGAGUUUAUAAUCAAAUGCAUUAAGAAUACACGGAGUACAUCGGUUCUGUUCCCCUCAUGCUUGAAAUCCAGUGGCAGACUGAUAGAAGUGUUUGUAAAUCUGUUUCUUUUAAAAAUAUAUUACAAUGUUUUGACUGCCUGUAGUUUGGAGUAUUUGAAAAGUGAAAAUGAACAUAAUCAGCUAUUGGAGGUUAAAAAGGUUGUGUAACGUGGAGUAGCGAUGUCACAAGAACCGAUAGUGUGGUACCAAGUCGAUCUCAAAUUCUGUUACCAGGGAGCUCGAGACGUCCUGUCUUCCCGAGGACGAUAGAAAAUGUUUUUAGGACGAGAUAUAGUUCACGUUAGCUUAGUCCUGCUUGGCUAAAUAACGGAGCUCAUAGCUAACGCUAACGGAGCUAGGUUCCAUUAUGAUGUUCAAGCUCUAUUCAGUCAAAUUUGGUAAAUUAUAACGUUAUCAUGUGUUCAAAUGUAAUCUUGUAAAAUGUAGUUUUUGAUGAGAAACUUCAGUUGUUUGCAGAUGUUUUCACAUCAAUAUAAAAUCGAUAUUAGAUGAACUCUGAGCUGUUUAACUUCCUGACAGAAAUCAGUAUGAAGUAAUAAAGAGUGUGUUUUGG